CUCAAACGCUGCCUUGACAACUCACGAUUACUCGAAGCCCUCUUUCGCCCUUCUUCUUCGUUGCCACACACAUUAAAUCUCAUCGUUAAUUGAGAGUCAAGAUGUCUAUAUCCAACGAGGCACUGCAAAAGCUGGUGCGAGAAAUCGAAACACAGGCCCUCGUGGCCCAACAGCAGAUCUCGCUCGUGCGGACACAGCAGGCGUCCAAGCAGCGGGAGCUGCGCAUGGCGCAGUUGACGCGCACCGAGAUGUCAACGUUGCCACCGGAUACAGGUGUUUAUGAGGGUGUUGGGAAAAUGUUUGUGGCACUACCCGUGCCCGUGCUCAAGGAGAAGUUGGAUGGCCAGAUCAAAGAUGUGCAGAAAGAGGUCGAGGGACUAGGAAAGAAGUUGCAGUCAUUAGAGAUCACGCAGAAGAAUAGCAAGCAGCAUAUUGAUCGGAUAUUGGGAGGUGCUGGCGCUGCGGCUGCUUGAGAUGGCUCUGGGAUUCUUCUGUGAGGGCAGGCACAUGUGGAACGCCGACUUAUUUGGCAAUGUUGUAUCCGGCUAUGGCGAUGAGAUUACAACAAGAUUUUUAUAGGCGGUGUCAAAGAAGCAGGCUACACAUUGCGGGUUGCUACUGUUGUGCAGAAUCGAUGU